AUGCAGCAACAGCAGCAGCAGCAGAACGGCUUCCCGCUCCUAGCCCCUGCGCCAAUCAUCGAAUCCCGACAGCGAUCCAAGUCCAAGUCCUCCGUCCUACGGUCCCUCGUCGGCGGCGGUGGGCAUAAACGAAACAAUUCCGACGGCACGGCCCUCCCCGCCGCACCGCUCAUCUCCCCGAUCAUGGCAACCCCCGCCUUCCACAUGUCCCAGCAGAACCUCGCCCACGGUAAUAGCAACCGGGACAGUAGCAGCAGCCACAGCAACGGCGGUGUCUUCCACGUCGGCUUCGACGCCGCAGCCGCCGCGGCCAUGGAGCCACAACGAUACGCCCACGCGCUGGGCGAGCUGCAGCAGAACCGGAAACAUCACAAUAUCAACAGCAACGACCGGUCACCCGAACGACGGGGCCGCCGCGAGCGGGCCGGUUCGCAUCUCCAACAAGCCGCGCUCCCACCACCAUCUUCACCGACCAAGACAGGCGGGUUCUCGACCAUCUCGCUGCGCCCGUUUGGUCGUGGCGACCGGGACACGAGCAAGCCGCCCAAGACGCGCGACAAUUCGCCGACCAAGCCGAAGAAGGCCAAGUCAGCGACUAACUUGGCUUCGCUGCUGCGGCCGAAAUCGAUGAAGAAUCUGAAGCAGUUGCUCACGGAUGAUAGUAAGGAUAAAGAGAAGGACAAGGAUAAGGAGAAUAGGUCGCCCAGCGACUCUUCUGGUGUUCCUACUACUCCUGCUAGUGCUGGGGCAGUAGCAGCAGCUGGAGGAGCUAUGCCAGGGUACCCGCCCACGCCCAUCUACGCGCAGUUUUCCUCGCAACACUUCCCACGACACGGGUCGUCUGUUGAUUUACCGAUAGGAAGCGGCACAGGGAUGGUCGCCGCGGCCGUUGCUGCGGCAGACAGGGCUGCUGCUGCCGCUGCCGCUGCCGCAUCUGGGCCGACAUCGUCCGGGCCAGACUCCUCGUUUCGCAAGAAGCCGCGGCCAAAGUCGUUCCAGCCGUAUAUCAUGCGGAAGCGUAGUGAUGAUAGCAGUAAGACUGCGGGUAGCGGAGUUGGAGUUGGAGGGGGUAGAGAGAGCAACAGCAACAACAGCAGCAGCAACCGGGCGAAGCGGUUGACCUGGGGUAAGGGGAACUCGUCGUCAACGGCGGCGAAUGGGUCUGCCAAUGCUGCGUCGAGGCCUGGGAUUGGAUCACGCGGGGUGUCGGCUAUGACACCAGCAGAGGGUCCUGGCGGUGAUCUGUCUCAGACACCCGCGCAACAAGCGAUUCAGCUGCCUGUGAUUGACCCCAAGGACAUCGACAAGCACCUCGAGGCGAUGUUGGACCGCCGCAACAUCCCUGAGAACCAGCGGUACAAGAUGCGCAACUUGAGCGAUACCAUCAAGAUGGAGUUUAUCCGCCAGGACUGGGCCGAGAUGCAGGCCAAGAUGAUGGGCCGCAGUGCGGGAGAGCGGCCGUCGUCGCACGACGGGCACAUGCAAUUGGGAGCUGCGGCGGUCAAUGGCUUCGAUCAACAGCAGGCACAGCAGCAGGACGAGCAAGGUGACACCGCGGCCCCCAAGAAGGACAAGAAAAAACACGGCCGUGGUCUCAGCCUCACGAUUGUCCGCGGCAGCAACAAAUCCAACGGUACGCCAUCGUCUCCGACGAAGAAGCAGAAGAACAAUGACGGCCACACUACCAGUCUCGGCCGACACUUUCGUUCCAAGUCCACGGAGAGCCUGGUCAGCAACGGUGAUGGUACCAUAGCCCCUUCUUCUCCCUUCCCUUCGGGGUAUGGUAGCAGUUUUCUGGCUAAGGUGAAGGGCCAGCAGUUGCCAGGAGAUUUUGUCGCGUAUCUGCAAAAGGUGCAGCGACCGGAGUUGGUGGAGGUUGGGAAGCUGCAUAAAUUGAGGCUGUUGCUGCGGAAUGAGACGGUGGCGUGGACCGAGGAGUUUAUCAGGCUCGGCGGGAUGGAGGAGAUGGUUGAGUUGUUGCAUCGGAUCAUGGCUGUUGAGUGGAGAGAGGAACACGAGGACGCCCUGCUGCACGAGACCCUGCUCUGUCUCAAGGCGCUCUGCACGACCGACAUGGCUCUUCAAUACCUACACUCCAUCCACACCACCCUCUUCCCAGCCCUGCUGCACAUGAUCUUCGACCCGGAGAAGAAAGGCCCUAGCGAGUUCACCACCCGCGGCAUUAUCACCUCACUGCUUUUGACCUACAUCGAGUGUGCCACGCCCCUAGAGCGGGUAGCGCGUGCCAAGGCCGUGCUCGGGUUCCUGAGGGACCCCGAGCCCAAGGAGGAGGAUCGGCCGGUGGAUUUUGUGCUGGAGAUGAGGCGCGAUCGCCCGUAUCGUGUGUGGUGUAAGGAGGUGGUCAACGUGACCAAAGAGGUGUUUUGGAUCUUUUUGCACAAUUUGAACAUUGUUGCUUUGCCGGCGGAUAACAACAAUAUCAACAACAUCAAGACCGACGGUACCACCACCCCUGCCACCUCAGGCUCCACGACGACACCUUCAACCGCCGACUCCGACUCCUUCACCUACAUGACCCGGCACUUCCCGCAAGAGCGGCCCCCCGUCCCUGCGGCCCCUUACGUCGGCGGCGUCGAAUGGGACGCCACCAACUACCUGGCUUCGCACCUCGACCUGCUCAAUGCCAUCCUGGCCUGCACUGGUCCCACCGCGGCCGAGCGCAACGCCCUCCGCGCUGAUCUGCGCAUCUCCGGCUGGGAGCGUUGUCUUGGCGGCAGCUUGCGGUUGUGCAAGGAGAAGUUUUACGGCGGCGUGCAUGACGGCUUGAGACGGUGGGUGGCUGCUGGGGUCGAGGAUGGAUGGUGUGUCAGGGAUGUGCGCUAUGGACCCCCGCCACCGGAAGGAGGGGCCAAAUCGAGGGGCCAGAGUCCGGUGAAGAAGACCGCUGCUAACGGGAACGGGGGUGGUGAGGCUGUGGCGCCGCCGAGGAUCGAGAUGCCCCGGUUUGAUUUUGGGGGCCCUGUUGCUGGUGCAGGAAGUGGAGGAGUGCGGCCCAACGAACCGUGGCUGGGCUGA